AUGGUCGUCGGUAUCAUUCAGCCAACUGCGACCAAGGCCAACUUCUUUGUUCCCUUGACUGCCAUGUACGCCAAGUGGUGCUCAAAGCUGGGUGGUCACGCUGAUGAUGUGGAACCCAACGAGACUGCUACAGAGCGUCCUGGGCCGUGGCCGACUGUCUAUCAGUGCACAUGGCUCGCUCCUAAGACUGCAAGAACCGAGGGUGGCUUCAAAUUUGAAUUCUGUCUAGGAACCUCGUUUGGAGGCUGCGAUUUUGAUAGAGAUGUAGCUGGUGUUGAUCUGGACUGGCGUUGGAGGCUCCGGAGUGAACGCGUGGACAUGCUCCGAGAGGCCGGUGCAUUUGAUGCAAAGAAACACAACAAAGCCGGUAAGCUUGUGGACCCAAAACCAGUUGGCAAUACAGGCUGGGGCAACUGCGGUGAAGCGUAUCCUUUUGCGACCAUGUUCAGGGAAGUUUCUGACUGGCAGCAUGGCCCUGCCGAAAUUGCCAAUAUAUGUUAA